GUUCGACGGAAGGGAACAGUUUGACCACCCUUGAUGUUCGUCACUCCUUAGUAAAAAGAAAGGGAAAGGAGGACUAAUCAUCUUUGGAAAUGACUGCGAUAUUGUGGUUGGCGUUUUUCAGUAUCAUCCAUGUAACUGCUGCUGGAAAUAUUUGUCGGAUAGAUUGCAAAGUUCAGUUUGUACCGCGGGGAUGUUACAGAGAUAGAGGGGGAAAGUCACGAGCGCUGCCUCAUUACAUCUACAACGAGCGUGAUCCUAGGGUCAAGAAAAAUUAUGGCGGCAGAAGGAUUGAUUGGCACAACUGGGAUGAAUAUUAUCCUGGCUUUGCGUGCCGAUGUGCAGAGGUAGCUAAGGCUCAAGGAUACGACCUUUUUGGUGUUCAGUUUUACGGAGAAUGUUGGGCUGGACAUAGUAGACUUCAAAAAUAUGAUAAGUAUGGAAAAAAUACCAAAGGAUGUAUUGAGGACUCUUUCUUGACAUGCACUCCAUAUAGCCGUUACUGUGCGGGUAAACAGUGGCACAAUAUGGUGUAUCAAAUUGUGGAUGCUACGUGCCCUAAAAUCAACUUCGAAAGGGUUGGCUGCUUUCGAGAUAAACACAAACCACCCAGACCACUACCAGACUAUCUCUUCAACGACAGGGAUCCCAGCAUCGAUAACUUCAGCGGAAAAAGAAUUGAUUGGCGAGCCUGGGAUAUCUAUUUACCAGAGUUUGCCUGUAGAUGUGCCGAGGCUGCGAAGAAAGCAAAUCACACUUUCUUUGGAGUGCAGUUCUACGGAGAAUGCUGGAGUGGCAAGGACAGCCAUCUGACAUACGACAUCGAUGGCCCCAAACAAGGUGGUUGCAUCAACCAGUGUUACGAACCCUGCGCCAUAAACAACAAGUUCUGUGCCGGAAGAAACUUUGAAAACUUUGUGUACAGAAUAGUGGGCGGCUCGUGUGAAGUAGAUAUCAGCCCUGUUGGUUGUUACAAAGAAGACGUUGCGACUCCCGCCUUGGGAGAAAUCUUUCACAACGAGGCGGCACCAGAUAAGCCAAACUUUGCUGGAACUAUGAUCCAGUCUGUUGACAAUUAUGAAGCUUACUUCCCAGAUUUUCUUUGCAAAUGCGCCAGGAAGGCAAGAGAAAACGGCUGGGAGUAUUUUGGAGUCAGAGAACUAGGACUGUGCGUACGAGGGUAUUCCCCAUCCGAUUACGCCCAACACGGACCUUCCCAGCAAUGUUUCGUGGGGAACAGUUCCAUAGCUUGUCCAAACGGUUCCAAAUUGUGCAGUGGCUUGAAUGCAGAGGCCAACUACGUAUAUAAAGUAACCCUUCCAGGAGUGAACCCAGUGGGAGACAUGCCUCAAGAUAUUCCAGAUGAACGUACUAAAGCAGACAUUCCACCGGAGACCGUUAUGCGAAGCCAAAGCCAUCCUAAAGCAAAAGCUCGCUCAUUCGGAAAAACACUCUUGUGAAGCCUCGACGUCUUGACACGUGAACCGAACUUAUCCCAGCUCAUCAAUCGAUUAAAACAUCUCUGUCAAAAACAGAAUUUUAGAUGAUGAAUAGCUAGCCUGGUUUUACUGAACUUAUAGCUGUUGUAAAGGAUUUACGGGCAACAAGUUUAAUUAAUGUAAAAGAUAAAGAAUUAAGGGUGAAUAUUAAAUGCAUUCUUGAGCACUUGA